AUGGACACUGACAACUCCAGAAACCUUUCACCUUCGCUCAAUGGCACAUCAAUCAAAGUUGACGAAGAUUUGGACGGAAAAUCGGCUCAGGGUCAACCAUUGAUCUUGUCCGCUGACGAUCAUAUCAAAACUCUGACCGUUGUACGGCGUACAACGCCAGACUAUCGUUUACACUAUAUUUUGAGUGGACAUAGAAGGUCCAUAUCAUCUCUGAAGUUCAGCUUUGACGGAACGAAGCUUGCCUCUUCAGCCGCCGACGGGCUGGUCAAAAUAUGGGACGCGGAUAGCGGCGAGAUUAUACACACCCUUCAAGGUCACGACGAGGGCAUCUCCGAUAUUGCUUGGUCUCCAGACAACGAGUUCCUUGCAUCCGCUUCGGAUGACAAGACCAUUCGAAUAUGGAGCAUGGAAACGAUGUCUUCCGUGAACGUCCUCAAGGGUCAUACUAAUUUCGUGUUCUGCGUCAACUUCAAUCCAAAGUCUAACCUGCUUGUCUCGGGCGGAUUCGACGAGACCGUCCGUGUGUGGGAUGUUGCAAGAGGCAGGACAUUGAAGACACUUCCAGCACAUUCUGAUCCUGUCACCGCCGUUACUUUCAAUCACGAUGGGACACUCAUAGCAUCAUGUGCGAUGGAUGGUCUUAUCCGUAUAUGGGAUUCUGAAUCGGGACAAUGUCUGAAGACACUGGCUGACGAUGACAAUCCUAUUUGUUCCCAUAUUGAGUUCACACCGAACUCUAAAUUCAUCCUCGCAUCUACACAAGACUCAACUAUACGUCUAUGGAAUGCACAGACAUCGCGAUGCCUGAAAACCUAUAGCGGGCACCUCAACCGUACAUAUUGCCUAUUUGCAAACUUCACGCCUGGCUUCAAACACAUCAUGAGCGGAAGCGAAGACUCGAAAAUAUACAUUUGGAACCUCCAAACAAGGGAAGUUGUGCAAGUACUUGAUGGCCAUAGAGACGUGGUCAUCGCGGUAGCGGCGCAUCCUAAGAAACCUAUCAUUGCGUCCGCAUCUAUGGAAAAAGACCUAACCAUACGACUUUGGGUGGAUCACAGCAUCCAAGAAACAGCUGUGUAG